AUGGCAACCGACUUCAUGACAACCCCCAUCUGUCUAGUAGAAAAUUGGGAAGGGCAGCUGACAGUGAAUCCAAAAGCACUAGAGAUUCUUCUCAACAUCUCUCAGCCUGUGGUGGUGGUGGCCAUUGUGGGAUUGUAUCGUACAGGAAAAUCCUACCUCAUGAAUCGCCUGGCAGGACGGAGCAGUGGCUUCCCUCUGGGCUCCACUGUGCAAUCUGAAACCAAGGGCAUCUGGAUGUGGUGUGUGCCCCACCCCUCCAAGCCAAACCACACCCUGGUCCUCCUGGACACUGAGGGCCUGGGCGAUGUGGAAAAGGGAGACCCUGAGAAUGACUCCUGGAUCUUUGCCCUGGCCGUGCUUCUGAGCAGCACCUUUGUCUACAACAGCCUGGGCACCAUCAACCACCAGGCCCUGGAGCAGCUGCACUACGUGGCUGAGCUAUCACAGUUCAUCAGGGCAAAAUCUUGCCUCAUAUCUGAAGAAGUAGAGGACUCCACAGAGUUUGUGAGUUUCUUUCCAGACUUUAUUUGGGCUGUACGGGAUUUCGCCCUGGAGCUGAAGUCACAUGAAUGCCCCAUCACAGAAGAUGAUUACCUGGAGAAUGCCUUGAAACUGAAUCCAGAAAAGAAUUCCAGAAUCAAAAAGUCCAACAUGUCUAGAACCUGCAUCAGGUAUUUCUUUCCAAAGAGGAAGUGCUUUGUCUUUCACCGACCUACAAGUGACAAAAAUUUACUCGUGCAUUUAGACAAAGUGCCAGCAAACCAAUUGGAAAGGGAUUUCCAGGAGCAAACAGAAAAGUUCUGCUCCUAUAUUUUCACCCAUGCAAAGACGAAGACCCUGAGAGAGGGAAUCAUUGUCACUGGAAAUUGGCUUGGAAGUCUGUUGGAGACCUACCUGGAUGCCAUCAACAGGGGCACAGUUCCUUGCUUGGAAAAUGCAGUUACAGCUCUGGCUAAGCGUGAAAACGCAGCAGCUCUCCAGAAAGCAGCUGAUCACUACAGCAGGCAGAUGACCCAGCAAGUGAGGUUCCCCACAGCCACGCUCCAGGAGCUGCUGGACGUGCACGCAGCCUGUGAGAGGGAAGCCACUGCAAUCUUCAUGGAGCACUCCUUCAAGGAUGAAAAGCUGGAAUUCCGAAAGAAACUUUCCGACACCAUAGAGAAGAAGAAGAAAGAUUUCCUGCUGCAGAAUGAAGAGGCCUCUGUCGAAUACUGCCAGGCUGAGCUUAGGCGGCUUUCAGAGUCCCUGAUGGAAAGUAUUUCAAGAGGAACUUUCUCUGUUCCUGGAGGACAUCAUUCUUACUUGGAAGCAAGGAAAAGGGUUGAACAGAACUAUGAGCUGGUGCCCAAUAAAGGAGUUAAGGCAAAUGAAGUGCUCCAGAGCUUCCUGCAGUCACAGGCAGCAACAGAGAACUCCAUCCUGCAGGCAGACAACGCCCUCACUGAUGGGGAGAAGGCCUUAGCAGCUGAGCAGGCCAAGAGGGAAGCGGCUGAGAAGGAGCAGGAGCUGCUAAGACAGACGGAGAAGGAGCAGCAGCAGAUGAUGGAGGCUCAGGAGAGGAGCCUCCUGGAAAACAUGAGCCAACUGAAGGAGAAGAUGGAGAAGGAGACGGAAAACCUCCUGAGAGAGCAGGAAGGCAUGCUGGAGCACAAGCUCAAGCUCCAAGAAGAAAUGCUCACGGAAGGAUUUAACAAGAAUGCUGAGGCAUUAAAUAAAGAGAUAAAUCGGCUAAAGCAAGAGAUUGAAGCAACUAAGAAUCAGGGAUCCUCAUGGUUUUCAUGGUUUCUUGAUACUGUGGGCACUGUAUUCACCAUCGUAUUACCUGGCCCCGCUAAGCUGCUUGGUUUGGCGAUGCGAUUUAUCAGUUCACAAAUUAAAUAG